AUGUCUGCGCCACCCCCAGGCAUGUCGACUUUGGGACUCACGGCUCAGAAAGUGGCGGCGAACGCACACGACUCAGAUGCUACAGUGAGGGCUGCGCGUCCAGGUCCUCCUCGAAGCUCCUCGUUCACCGCCACCACCCGGCCGCGGCUCAACACUAGCUGGUCCGCCCCGGCCCCUGCACCAAGUGGAUCAGCCAUUGGCCUAGCGUCCCCAGUCUGCCUCACCCCAACUUCAUCCUUCUCCUCACCCUCUCCAACCGCCACCACCGCGUCUCUUCCAGUCGUUACUUCAGGCCCAAGCACUAGCACAAGUACAAGCAGCUGGAGCCUCUCGGGUCUCGGUCUGUCCCUGCGGGGACGGAGCAUACCCCCUCCUCCUACAAUCACGCCAGCCUCUCCUCCAGCCCACGGCUCGACCACCUCGCCACCCCGUUCACGGUCACGCCCCACCAUGCUGCGCUCUGGGUCGGCCAACUCGUUCGGUUCAAACAUGUCACUGGCAUCAGCAGCCUCAACUUCGACGGCGUCUGCGUCCCUGGCGUCCCCGCGUACCCCGCACAUGACGUUGUCCGUCUACUCCAUCCCACAGUCCGGGACUGCGUCGCCACGAAAGGUACACCAUCCAUUCCUCACCGACCAGACACCAUACAUCAGACACCGCGAGUCGGCUGCGUCAUUGCGAUCGCUUGGAAGCAGCUCGAGUAGCGGCGGUGCUGGUGCUAUCAUUGAUCUUGGCGGUGACCGUGAGCGUGCCGACGACAGGGAACGCCGCGUGGAGCGCCUCGAGCGCCUCGAGCUUCUCGAGAUUGAACGCCUGGAACGCAGUGCAGACUUUCAGCGCCGGCUCGGUGUCGAGCCCCGCACGACCAACCUCGAGCAACGCCGAGAGCGACAGUAUGAGCGCGAGAGGGAGCGCGAGAGGAGGCGUGAAGACGCUGUGCGCGCUCGCUCUGCGUCGUCCCCAAGCGACUGUUCGUCGUCUGCCACAUUGACACCUGGGCACAGCCCAUCAUUGUCCACAACCCUCGAACCCGGAUGGCCGUUCAAGCAGAAGGAAAAUGCCCAACCUGCCUCGGCAUCAUCUGCCAACACGACCCCCGUCUCCAAACCGCUCUUCCGCUCGCUGCGCAAGAUGCCCUCUACGAGUGUCCUGCACAGUCCCACUACCAGCAUUGCGUUGCCACCGCCGCCGCCCAUUCGUGACCCCCGGGACUCGUCUGCGUCGUCAUCGUCCACCUCGUCGACUUCCUCCAUCUCGUCCUUGGCCACACCCACACCUUCCUCGCCCGAGAUGUCUCCCACCACCCCUAUCGACCGCAGGUGUCUGGCAUGGAUGCGCGAAGCGGAGCAGCACACCUAUUAUUUUGGCUCUGUGGCGGCUCGCGCCGGCAUGACACAGGAAGAGCGCCUGGUCCGUCGCGACAUGCUCGCCGGGAUCAGCCGGAUGGAAAUCAGCGAAGGUGUCGAGGUCCUCGAGGAGGAGGAAGGCGGGUGUGCCACGCGUGCGAUGCGGCGUCUGGGCCAGCGACAGUAA